AUGACUGGUCUCGCGGGCACAACGCCUGGUAGACCCUCAGUCUAUGUCCACUCGCGACGACAGUCGCAGCACGAUGGCUCACACCACGUCUUCUGCGUCGUUGGUGCAAUGGAACGAACUGGGCCCGCGAUGGUGUGGAGGGUCGCGAUGGCCUGGGAAAUAUGUUGCUGCGAUGGCCUCGUCGGCCCUCCAUCUUCAUACGCUUGUGCCCGACUCCUUGAUGCGAGAACGCUAAGAACUAUUCCAACAACUAUAGGUGGAUGCAUUUCUCUUGUUGAAGUUGAUCUUUCAUGUAAUCUCUUGUCUGAGUUGCCAGAGACAUUUAGCGAUUUAAGAAAUUUGAAGGCAUUAUAUCUUGGUAAUAACGGGCUCAAGUCCCUGCCUAACAUGCUAUUCAAGAUGUGCUCACAGCUGUCAAUACUGGAUCUUCAUGGCACUUCAAUCACAAUCGAACUUCUUCGCCAGUUUGAAGGAUGGGAGAGUUUUGAUGAGCGUCGCCGCCUAAAGCAUCAAAAGCAACUCGAUUUUCGAGUCAAUGGAUCUGCUGACUUUGAUGAAGGUGCUGACAAGGACUGGUAA